AUGAUUGAUGUCCUAUCAAAUAUCAAGUACAUGGUAAGCAACUAUGAUACCAUUGUAGAGUCAUUACAAAAAUAUUUUCAAAUGAAAGCUGAUAGGUUUGAGGCAGGCAGACUAAGACAUUUUGCCAAUGAAUGGCAAAAAAUCACAUCUGAUAAGAGUAUCUUACAGAUAGUAACAGGAGUGAAGUUAGAAUUCCUUAUGACCCCUACUAAACAGGAAGUCAUAAGUACCAACUAUGACAGUGGUACUAGGGAAAAAAUUGAAAGUGAGAUUCAAUCUCUUUUCAAAAAGGGUGUCAUCACUAAAUGUGCUGAUAAUUCAGACCUAGUUAGAUCUCCCAUAUUUUUGCGAGACAAAAAGGAUGGCAAAUUCAGACUAAUUUUGAAUUUGAGACACCUAAAUGAAUCCAUAGCCUAUCAUCACUUUAAAAUGGAUACACUCAAGACAGUUAUCCAGCUUUUAACUAAAAACUGUUACAUGGCAUCUAUUGAUCUGAAGGAUGCAUAUUACACAGUACCCAUACACAAAGACUUCCAAAAGUACCUUGCAUUUGAAUGGGAUGAUGAAAUUUAUGUAUACACAUGCGCACCAAAUGGCUUAGGCCCUGCUCCAAGACUAUUCACAAAGCUAUUAAAGCCUCCAAUUCAUAAGUUACACAAGGCAGGGCACAUUCUAUCUGCAUAUAUCGAUGACAUCUAUCUACAAGGAUCUAGUUUUGAAGAAUGUGCUGCUAAUGUUGCAGACACAAUCAUAUGUUUUGAUAAGCUUGGAUUUAUAAUUCACCCAACUAAGUCUGAGUUUAUACCCAGACAAAGCAUAACCUUUUUAGGAUUUAUUUUAGACUCUACAAAUAUGACUGUUAGACCAAAUGCUGAUAAAAUAGGCAAGGUCACUGACACUUGCAAGAGAUUGCUAGCUAAAAAUGAUUGUACCAUUAGAGAACUAGCAAGUGCCAUAGGCUUGCUUGUGUCUUGCUUCCCAGGUAUUGCACAUGGCCCUCUUUACUACAGAGAGUUGGAACACAACAAAGUGUGUGCUUUGAAAGCAUUCAAAGGGGAUUUUAACAAACAUACUAAUAUCUAUCCUAUGGCUAUUGUAGAACUGAAAUGGUGGGUGUCAAAUAUAAAAAAGGGUUAUAAAUGUAUCUCUCAACCCCCACCAUCUAUUAUAAUCUCCACUGAUGCCUCAAUGACUGGAUGGGGUGCUAUUUGGAAUGACGCUAAAAUUGGAGGCCAUUGGAAUGACCGCGAAGCAAGACAUCAUAUAAAUUAUUUAGAAUUACUUGCAGUGUAUAAUGCUCUCACAUCAUUCUUUAAGGAUGUCAAAUCCAUGCAUAUUCGCAUAUAUUCAGACAAUACAACAGCUGUUUGCUCAAUAAAUAAUAUGGGCACUAGCCAUUCACCCACUUGUAACUCAUUAGUAAGAAAAAUUUGGCUUUGGGCCAUUGAGAGGGACAUUUGGGUCAGCACUGCCCAUAUUCCAGGGGUGCUAAACAUAGAGGCUGAUAAAAAAUCUAGGGAAAAGCCCAAAGAUUCGGAGUGGAAAUUGGAUAGAGGUGUUUUUGAGAAGGCUGUCAAACAUUUUGACUUCUAUCCUGAAAUUGACCUAUUUGCGUCACGUCAUAAUUUUCAGGUUGAUAAGUAUGUCUCAUUCACACAAGACCCUGAAGCUCAUGCCAUAGAUGCAUUUUCUAUGAGCUGGAAAAAUUUAAAAUUUUAUGCUUUUCCUCCUUUCAGCAUCAUUCUUCCAAUGCUGCAGAGAAUUCAACAGGAACAGGCACAGGGUCUCUGUGUUUGCCCAGAUUGGCCAACACAGAGCUGGUAUCCAAUCAUGACAAAGAUGUUGCUGGUACCCCCAUUGCACAUCAAGCACAAAAGUAAGGAAAUCAUCCUGUCAUCAUGGCGAAAGGGAACUGUUAAACAAUAUGAAGUACACCACAGAAAAUGGGCACAGUUUUGUCUGGAAAAUGGCAUCAGCACAUAUUCUUCUAAUAUCGACCAUGGCAUAGAAUUCCUCACAUCACUUUAUAAAGGUGGAUUAAAAUACAGCAGCCUCAAUGCAGCCAGGUCAGCGUUGUCUACGAUUAUCAGGGACCCGCAUGGUACUCCUUUUGGACAGCACUACCUGGUGAAGCGGUUCAUGAAAGGGGUGUUUGAAAAAAGACCCUGGUUUCCAAAGACAACAACUGUUUGGAAUAUAGGCCAAGUUCUCAGUUACCUUCAAACACUUGGGCCUGCUGACAACCUAUCGCUCAAAUUGCUUACCCAGAGACUAACUUUCCUGCUGUGUCUACUUGCUGGUCAGCGUAUACAAACCAUUCAUGCAUUGUCACUUGAUGAUAUGUCUUUAAAUGAGUCCUCAUGUACGUUUUCUGUCAACAAUAUCUUAAAAACCACCAAACCAGGAAUACACUUACAACCCUUGAAAUACCUUGCUUUUCCUGACAACAAAGACCUUUGCAUAAUAAAUAAUAUAACCUGCUACCUUGCAAAGACAGAGACUCUGCGAAAUACAUGCCGGAAACUCCUUAUCAGCACCGUUAAGCCUUUUCGGCCUGUCAGUAGAAGUACAGUUAGCCGUUGGUGUAAGGAGGUUUUGUCUAAUGCAGGAGUGGACAUCAAUGUUAUUGGUGCUCAUAGCAUUAGAUCUGCAGCAACAUCGUAUGCGAAAUGUAAUGGUAUGCCAAUAAAUGUUAUUAUGAAGGCAGCAGGCUGGACUCAUGAGACAACGUUUGAGAAGUAUUAUAACAAAACUGUUGAUAAGUAUGAUGACAUUAAUUUUGGACAGUUUAUACUGAAUGCUUAA